GCUCCUGAAUGGCAGUGAGGAGUCCGGCGCGGUUCCACUACCAUGACUUCGCAGCGGCCUUCGCCCGCGGACGACUUCGGCAUCUACUACGUCCUCGCCGAGUGUGCAGACCACUGCCCCGCCUCCCCGGUGCCCAGGGCCGGCGGGAACCAGCCGCACUGCCAGGGCGUGACGGGCCUGCGGAACCUGGGCAACACGUGCUACAUGAACGCCAUCCUGCAGUGCCUCUGCAGCAUCUCUCCGCUGGUGGAGUACUUCCUCUCCGGGAAGUACAUCACGGCUCUGCACAAGGACUGCAGCAAAGUGGCCCCCGCUUUUGCCUACGUGAUGACGGACAUGUGGCUGGGGGACUCGGACUGUGUCUCCCCAGAAAUACUCCGGUCCGCUCUUGGCAACCUCUAUCCGGCCUUCAUGAAAAAGACACAGCAAGACGCCCAGGAGUUCUUGAUUUACAUCCUGAAUGAGCUUCACGAAUCUCUGAAAAAGUGCCACCGGAGGAGAGCCUGCGAGGCGGGGUCGGUGCCGCGAUGCUGCCGGAAGGCGGUCGCCAGCGAGAGCUCCAUCGUCACCCGGCUGUUCGAGGGGCAGCUCAACUACAGCAUCAUGUGCCUCAAGUGUGAGAACUGCACCUACAGGAACGAAGUCUUCACCGCGCUCCCCCUCCCCAUCCCCUCCGAGUACGACUGCUCUCUCCAGGACUGUCUCCAGUGCUUUUUCCAACAAGACACGCUGACCUGGAACAACCAGCUUCACUGCUCCUUUUGUGAAACUAAGCAAGAAGCAGCUGUGAGGGCCAGCAUUUCCAAAGCACCGAAAAUAAUGAUCUUUCACUUGAAAAGGUUUGACAUUCUGGGCACAACGAAAAGGAAACUGAGAACCGAUAUUCAUUACCCACUCACUAACUUGGACCUUACUCCUUACAUUUGUCCAGUUUUCCGGAAACAUCCUAAAUAUAACCUCUGUGCAGUGGUGAACCAUUUUGGUGACCUGGAUGGUGGCCAUUACACUGCUUUCUGCAAGAACUCAGUGACCCAAGCAUGGUUUAGCUUUGAUGACACACGCGUCAGUGAGAUUCCAGACACUUCCGUUCAAACUGCUACAGCGUAUCUCCUGUUCUACAGCUGCCAGCCCUUUUCUAUACCUAUAGAAAAAUGCUAGGAAAAUGGUGUUUCCUGAAAGCUGCAAAGCAAGCAAUCAGAAACUGGUACUUAAGUUUUGCCUUCUUAUUAAAUUCUUGCAACUUACUUGUU